AUGACAUCUUUAGAUUCCUUAUUGCCUGCCCUCUUUGAAGAAAGUCGGGUCUCGCCAGCAGUUACCGUGGAUGAUGCUCGACAGUUCUUCGAAACACACGGCAUCUUCUACGCGCCAGAUGCGGAGAUUGGGCAGCUCGUGGCAACUCUGGGCAGCGAAGCUGUUCACGGAAAAGUUCGCAUGGGGCGAUUUCCUAUACGUGAUGUACGCCUUCAGUAUAUCAUCAAACCAUUUUCAGAAUCAUUUUGUUUCACGCUUGGCCCGGGUCCUGGUUCAUUCUAUGCCUCAACGACCACAGAAACCCCAGGUGAUCGUGUCACGGUCUACAUGUGGGGUAAAAAGACACAUUGCGAGUUUUCCGAGCGUUCCCACGUUGGCGAGCUCAAGGGAGCCAUAGCAUCAAAUGGUCUGGUUCAGGUACCAUAUUCCUGGUUGAGAAAGAGGGGUUUGCUUGAUAAAACGAUUCGGCUUGAAGAUGGUGGCAUGUAA